UCAAGCUUUUACUGAAACAAUUCUGUGAAACAUGAGGGUGCUGUUUCUAUUCACACUGCCAGUAUUAGGAAUUGUUCUAUUUGCUCCAACAUUUUCAAGUCAAUCAACCCCAGUGAAUUGUAAAUGGCAAGAUUUUGGUCCAUGGUCUGAAUGUGACGGCUGCUCAAAAACGCAGACUCGCAGACGGGCUGUAGCUGUGUAUGCCCAAUUUGGUGGUCAGGAAUGUGUUGGAAGUGCGUCUGACACCAGGGCAUGUGUUCCGACAAGAGGAUGCCCUAUAGAAGAUGGAUGCGGCAAUCGAUUUAGGUGUUUUUCAGGUCAAUGUAUCAGCCAAUCACUCGUAUGUAAUGGAGAUCACGACUGUGAAGUGGACAGUUCCGAUGAGGCAAAUUGUGAUGUUAGACACAAAGUCUGUGAUACUGAUAAGUACCCUCCUAAUACAGAACUCACUGGAUUAGGUUUUGAUGUCCGGACUCAAGAAUUAAAGAGUGGGGUUAUUCAUACAAAAAGUUUUGGUGGAAAGUGUCGCAAAGUUUUUAACGCUGAUAACAGACAUUUCUACAGGUUAAGUGAAAAUGUUCUGGCUUACACAUUCAAGGUAGAAACAAAAAACGAUUUUAGCUACGACUUCUACAAUAGCAGCUGGUCUUAUGUCAAAAGUACUACAACCACUGUAAGGACUAACUACAAUUAUAACAGGGAUGACUCCACAUAUACAAGCAAUACAAAAGAAAAGAGUUACCAGCUCAUGAUUAUCAAGAAUUAUGUGGAAGUGGCUCAAUUCAUAAAUAACGAUGCUGAGUUUUUAGCUCUUGCUGAACCUUUCUGGAUAGAACUCUUCAAUCUCCCCUCAGUUUAUGAAUACACUGCCUACCGAAAACUGAUUGAAAAAUAUGGAACUCACUUCCUGCAAUCUGGAUCCUUGGGGGGAGAGUACAACUUUCUUUUCUUUCUGGAGACAGAAAAAAUAACCUCCGAUGGUAUAACAAUAAGUGAUAUGCAAAAAUGUACUUCAACGAACGUUGGGUUUCUUUUCGUCUCGUAUUCAUCUACAGAUUGUAAAAAACUAUCAGAAACAAUAAAGUCCUCAUCGGGAUCAAGCAGUAAAGAAGUUCGAGGCACUGUGAAGAUCACAGGAGGAGAGGCUAAAUUCGCUAGCGCUCUUAACUACAUAAACAUAGAUAAUCCAGCUGCGAAUCGAGAUCGUUAUGCUUCUUGGGCUGGUUCUGUAUCAAAUCUACCCUCAGUAUUAAAACAGACGGUGACACCUUUGUAUGAGCUAGUACGAGAGGUUCCAUGUGCUGCUGUGAAGAGGUACUACCUGAAACGGGCAAUAGAAGAGUACAUGAAUGAAGAAAAUGCAUGUAAAUGCAAGCCAUGUCAGAACAAAGGUGUGCCAAUCGUUGUGGGAACACGUUGUGAGUGCCUCUGUAAACCAUACACCCAUGGGUCAGCGUGUCAACAUGGAGCUUUAGUACAGGAUGACGCAAGAGUCGUUGAUGGAAGCUGGAGUUGCUGGUCCUCAUGGAGUUCCUGUGCAAGUGCAUCGGGAAGAAGAGUAAGAAAUCGAGUAUGUAAUAAUCCAUCUCCUAGCGGUGGUGGGAAGAAAUGCAUUGGCGAUUCCAUAGAGUCCGAGAAGUGUGAAGAUGAUGACCUCUUACAUUAUCGAAUGGUAGAACCACACUGUUUUGAAGUGUCACUAGAACAUACAGCAUUUUGCCAACCUCCUCCUCCUCUUGAAAAUGGACAUUUUCAGGACACUGGAUCCUCAUUUCAUGUUGGGAAACGCAUUACUUACACAUGCAAUGAAGGGUAUUCCCUGGUUGGUGAUUCUAUUGCAGAAUGCAAAAAAGACCUUACGUGGCACAUUGAACCCAUACAUUGCAAACGAAUUAUGUGCCCUUAUCCACUUUUUCCAUAUAAUAUUAUUAGUGAUUCAAAGAAGUCAGCUUACCAGGUUGGAGAUAAAAUAGGGAUCUCGUGUCCAUCAGGAUUUGAAUUAGAUGGUCCUAAUAGCUUUUUGUGCCGAUCCAGUCUCAGCUGGUAUCCUGAUACCCAAGGUGUUCAGUGUAAAAGAAAAGGCAAUGGAGUGACACCCAAAACACCUGGACCUAAAUGCCAGCCAUGGGAAAAAAUCCAAGAUUCAAAAUGCACUUGUAAAAUGCCAUAUGAAUGCGGACCUUCACUUGAUGUGUGUGCCAUUGAUGGAAGAAACAAGAAAAAUGUUCCACUUACAGUUUGUAAAAUGAAUGCUCUGACAUGUCUGGGAAGGACGUAUACUCUGACUGAAGCUGCAAACUGUAAAUUCCCAGAGGCAUCUGAAACACCAUGUUACUCCUGUAAUCCUGAGGACGUUUGUUCAGAUGAACGACGAACAUGCAUCAGCAUUUGUGUUGAAGUAGAUGGCACAACGCAAACCCUGACUGAAUGCGAGGCAGGAGUCCUUAAGUGCCAAGGGGUGAAUGUUGCAAUUGUCAGCAUAAGUCCUUGUGAUACAUAGAAAAAUCACAGUGCUGCAUGCUUCAUUUAUCCAAACUGCUACAAAGCAUGUCAAAUCAACUCAGCAUUUCAACAGUUCAAGGAUUCUUUCAUCCUUAAAAACAUUACAGUUUGUAUACAAGAUCUCACUAAUUCAGUGUGUCAAGCCAUGUGAUUCUCAUCUUAAAAUAAAUUGUCACUUUUUUAUUUUUGACAACCAAUACAAUGUUUUUGUCUUUUCAUA